AUUUUCAUUUAGACAGGAAAAAAAAAAAAAAAAAAGCAGAAAGCGAAACACAGCAGUACGAGACGACUAUUAACUGCAGCUCUGAAACUAGAGGAACGGAAAGCCAUAAUAUUUUCAUCUUCCUCAUCUCCUCUCUCUCCCUUCAUUUGUGCUGCAAUCACCACAAGUGAGGUUCUUCAUGUUUGAAUUAUCUUGUAUUCUAUCUGGGUUUUACCUGUACUUUUUAUGUCUGGUAGCUGAGAGAAUGUAAGAAAAGCUUACCUUUGAUCUACCCAUUGGAAAUAAAAAGAAGAAAAAGACUUUGGAUCUGUUUCUGGCCUCUGGGUGCUUAAGACCAAAAGAAUGCUUCUGCGUGCAAAAGGACACUUCAAGGUGGAAAUAUAGCAAAACCCAGGUUCAAUUCCAUUGGAAAGUUAUAAAGACAGUUGUAGUUACAUGCUGAGAAGGUUAUGUUUACUUGGGGGCUUUGACAGGGCAAGGAUUUUGAUUGGUUGGUGAUACUGGUCAACAUAAAAAGCUGGCGAUGACUUGUUUCUCUUUCUUUUUUAGGAAGAAGGCAGCUUCCUCAGUUACAAGGACUGUUGAACUUGAUGAAGUGGUUUCAGGCAUUUUAAAUGUUACUGUGUACACUUACAAGGAACUGCAAAUUGCCGCUGAGAACUUCAGUGAAAAAAAUAAAAUUGGUCAGGGAGGCUUUGGCUCCGUGUACAAGGGAACACUUAAGAAUGGCACUUUGGCAGCUAUAAAGGUAUUGUCAGCAGAGUCUAGGCAAGGGUCCCAGGAAUUUUUGACAGAAAUCGAGGUGAUUGCAAACAUUGAGCAUGAUAACCUGGUUAAGCUAUAUGGUUGCUGUGCAGAAGGCAAUCAUAGGAUAUUGGUUUACGGCUAUCUCGAGAAUAAUAGCCUUGCACAAACACUUCUUGGUGGAGGCCACAGUAGUAUCCAGUUUAGUUGGUCUGCAAGGUGUAAAAUAUGCGUUGGUGUUGCAAGGGGGCUUGCUUUUCUUCAUGAGGAAGUUCGGCCCCAUAUUAUUCACAGAGACAUUAAAGCUAGCAAUAUUCUCCUUGAUAAAGACCUCUCACCAAAAAUUUCAGAUUUCGGUCUGGCAAAGUUUAUUGCACCCAACUUGACUCAUGUCAGCACUCGUGUUGCUGGAACAGCGUAAGUUUUCCAGUUCCAGUUCUACUCUUUUUCAAUGUGUUUAAAUUUACAGUGGACAUUCAGCAAGGGAAUGCAUGAUUGAGGGCCUCAGUCGAUUGGAAAGAUAUAAUGUAAAAAUUAUAGUUUGAAAUGUAACGACCAAAAACA